UUCCGCCUUGUGACAGCGCUCCAUGUUGUUGCCUGCGAAUCUCCGGCGCUAUUCUCCAAGCUUCUUGCACGUGUGUCUCCUGAGUAUCGCAGGAAUGUCGAGCAAGACGUCCUUAAUCAGUAAAGAGAAGGCUCUUCCAGGGAGAUCGGAGGCGAUGGUUGUGGCAGGUAAGCAUGCAGUCAGUGGUCAUCCUGUGAAGGAACCCUUUCCUGAAGAAAUGGAACGUGUAAUUUUUGGAAUGGGCUGCUUUUGGGGAGCAGAGCGACGUUUCUGGAAGACCCCAGGUGUUUAUUCUACACAUGUAGGAUAUGCAGGAGGCUUCACAGUGAACCCACUAUAUAAGGAGGUUUGCUCAGGUCUUACUGGGCACUCUGAGGUAGUGAGAGUCAUCUAUGAACCAAAGAAAGUAAGUUUUGAAGAGCUGUUAAAAAUCUUCUGGGAGAAUCAUGACCCCACACAAGGUAUGAGGCAGGGUAAAGAUGUGGGAACACAGUAUCGAUCUGUUAUUUAUACCUACAUACCUUACCAGCUGGAAAUGGCCCUGAAAAGCAAAGAAGUAUACCAAAAGAUGCUGAAUGAGAAGAAGCUUGGCACCAUCACCACAGAGAUCAAGGAAGCGCCAGAAUUUUAUUAUGCGGAGGAUUAUCACCAGCAAUAUCUUCACAAAGUGCCUAAUGGCUACUGUGGGCUGAAAGGCACAGGUGUGAGCUGUCCAAUUGGUCUGAGCCAAAGAGAAGACCUCUAGUUUGCCAGCAGUCAAGUUUGGAGUCUUCUUCACUGAUGGCAUGACAUAUUGUGCACUAUGCUUGGGGAUUUUUUAGUUUUAUUUAACUCUAGAAAUAUUUGAUGUAAAUUUCUCCUUUUUAAAAUGAUAUUGACUCUGAGUGGAGGAUGUUUGAAUACCAAGCUCCUUUGAAAUCAUCUCUGGGCCAAAUGGGCACGUGCUAAUCAGAGUGAAUACAUUCUAAGAUACUUAUUCUGAUUGUUAAAAUUAUUUUCAUAUUAAUCCAAUCAAAUUGUUUGCAAAACAGACUGUCAUUUUAAAUCAUUUAUUUGCUGGAAAGGAUAAAUAGUUAGUAGAACUGGCGCACUUUCAAGAAAAGUUGUUGUCUUCCUUAUUGUGCCUUUUGCCACUUUAGGUUGAGCAUACUGUGGUAACAUAAUCUAUGCGUGAAAUGAAAGAAGUCAUGCAAGGUUAGAAUCCAUAAAAAAUAUUUUAGGUUUAAGAACAGGUAAUCAAUUUCAUGCUUUCUUUUAGUGUACCUUUAUAACAAUAAAACAUAUGGGACUUUUACAGU